AUGGCAUCGUCCCCGGGGAAGCGGCCCAGCCGGCACAAAAGCCGCCUGCGCCUGCGGCCGACAGCCGGCGCGCACGUCACCGCUCUCUACCCGGGGCGGGGUCAGGGGCAGGGCGCGCACCGGGCGCCGUCACACAGCCCGGGCACGCGCCGUCAGCUCCUCGCUGCGCCGGGGACUAGCUCGGAUAGUUGCGGAGGCAAGGAGAAGGAGGCAAGGAGAAGGAGGCAAGGAGAAGGAGGCAAGGAGAAGGAGGCAAGGAGAAGGAGGCAAGGAGAAGAAGGCAAGGAGAAGAAGGCAAGGAGAAGAAGGCAAGGAGAAGAAGGCAAGGAGAAGAAGGCAAGGAGAAGAAGGCAAGGAGAAGAAGGCAAGGAGAAGAAGGCAAGGAGAAGAAGGCAAGGAGAAGAAGGCAAGGAGAAGAAGGCAAGGAGAAGAAGGCAAGGAGAAGAAGGCAAGGAGAAGAAGGCAAGGAGAAGAAGGCAAGGAGAAGACGGCAAGGGAAAGAGUAAGUAA